UGCCUCUCAGUCAGAAGUGGAUGCAGACGAAGCCGGCAGAAUGCAGUGGCUUCAAUUAAAGUUCCCUUUUAUUUAUUUAAUUUGCACAGUAACAGCCGCAGCAUGGGCCAAUUUGGAGCGGGAUCCCAACGGCUAUCUCACCUACUGUCCCUGCAUGGGGCGCUUUGGCAACCAAGCUGAUCAUUUUCUGGGCUCAUUGGCCUUUGCCAAGGGUCUGAAUCGCACCCUUAUUCUGCCGCCAUGGGUGGAGUACCGCAAGGGUGAAAUGCGCUCCCGACAGGUGCCCUUCAAUACGUACUUUGAUGUGGAGCCGCUCAAGGACUACCACCGGGUCAUACUGAUGUCGGACUUUAUGUGGCAUCUGGCGGACGACGUCUGGCCGGAAUCGGAGCGUGUGUCCUUCUGCUACAUGGAGCGCAAGAGCCUACAGCAGGAGAAGAACAAUCCGGACGAGCCCAACUGCCAUGCCAAGGAUGGAAAUCCCUUUGGCCCCUUCUGGGACACCUACAACAUUGACUUUGUCAAGUCGGAGUUCUAUGGACCGCUGCACUUCGAUGUGCACCACAGCUCCAUGGCAACCAAGUGGCAAAGCAAAUACUCAGCCGAGUCCUGGCCAGUGCUCGCGUUUACAGGCGCCCCAGCCAGCUUCCCUGUCCAGCUGGAAAACCGUGAGCUGCAGAAGCAUAUGCAAUGGAGUGCCAAGUAUAGGGACGCUGCCAGGGACUUUAUACGGAAAGUACUGCCCCGUGGAGCCUUCGUGGGCAUCCACCUGCGCAAUGGCAUCGACUGGGUGAGGGCCUGUGAGCACGUCAAGGAUAGCCAGCAUCUGUUCGCUUCGCCCCAGUGCCUGGGCUACAAGAACGAGCGUGGCUCACUCUAUCCCGAGCUCUGCAUGCAGACCAAGGAAUCCAUAGUGCGACAGCUGAAGAGGACCAUCAAGAAUGUGCGCCAGACCCAGCCCAACAAUGAGAUCAAGUCCGUUUUUGUGGCCUCGGAUGCUAAUCACAUGAUCGGCGAGCUCAACGUGGCGCUCAGCCGCAUGGGCAUCAGCGUGCACAGGCUGCCCGAAGAUGAUCCCCACCUAGAUUUGGCCAUUUUGGGGCAAUCGAACCAUUUCAUUGGCAACUGCAUCUCAUCGUAUAGUGCAUUUGUGAAACGCGAGAGGGACUCGCACGGUUUUCCAUCCUACUUUUGGUCCUUCCCGAAGGAGAAGGACCGCCAGCAGUCCAAGGCGCAUGAAGAGCUAUAAAUCUCCGGCAGAAAUCUCAGCAGAACGCAAUCCAGACAGACCAGCAGCACCCACUGCAUGUAGUUGUAAGCUAGAAAAGUAUUCCAAUCCACGCAUUUAACGAGAAUUUGUUUUUACAUUCGAUUUACUUAGAAAUUUAUUCAAGCUAUCCGCGCAUUCUUGAAAAUAAUUUAGUUUGUAAUUCAAAUGCCCCGAAAUAUGUGGUUUUUCCUGGACACUCA